AGCCAUGGCGGCGGGAACCCGCGCGCUGCUCCUCGUCGUCGCGGCGGCGUCCUGCUGCUCGCUCCUGGUGGCCGCGAACCCGCCGGCGGCCACGGUGGCGGACGUCUGCAAGCGCACGGCGUUCCCCGUCCUGUGCACCGCCACGGCGGGGAAGCAGGCGGAGCGGUACCACAACGUGGUGGACCCGCUGACGGUGCUGGAGAUGCAGGUGGACGCGUUCGCCAAGCGCACGGAGGCGGCGCGGGCGCACGUGGCGGAGGCGGCCCAGACGGCCUCCCCGGCUGCGCGGGCGAAGCUGGACCUGUGCAACAGCCUGUACCUGGACGUGCUGGACAACCUGGGCGCCUGCCGCCGCGCCAUCGGCUUCAAGGACGCCGUCACCAUCCGCGCCACCAUGAGCAUGGCGGCGCAGGACAUGCAGAACUGCGACGAGCAGUUCAGGCAGAUCGGCGAGAACAACCCCAUGAAGCGCUUCGACGAGUCGCUCGUCGAGAUGUCCGAGAACUGCCGCUCGCUCUCCAACAUGAUCUGAGAGCUCGCCGCUCUGCAACCACCCUGCCCUGACACGGCCGCCCGGUGGGCCCAAGCUCCUCGCACUGUUCGUCGCCGCGGCUGCGAGCGACAUCGAUGCGCUGCUGAGUUUUUUUUUCUCUUUGACCAUUGAUCGCCGUCGUAAAACGUCAGUACUAAUCCCUCAGGAGAAAUGUGUUAGUCUGGUCUCGGGAACGGGGAGGCGCAUUGAGGUGGAAUCGCCAUUGCUGCUGGUUCCAUCUGAAUCGCGGUUCACGUUCUGCACCGAUAAUCGUGCGGUACUCUCGAUCUCUCUCCCCGACUGGAUUUU